AUGAAUUCUGUUUUGUAUAAGUCAUAGAGCAAUAAAGUUCAACUUAAAGUUGAAUUAAAAAACACGAUAAACUGUCAUUUUGAUAGAAGUAGACUUGACUUAAUAGUUAGGGAAAUUAUUACUUCACUAACUUUCCAGUCAACUUUCCAUUAAAGUUGCCUUAAUAAAUUUAAAGUUGAAAGUUUUUCAAAGAAGAAAAAAAAAUAAAACACACAAAGCUAAAUAAAUGCUCAAAUAUUUUGAAAAGAAUUAGUAAACGUCAUGUCAUCCAAGAAAGAUACCAUUGAUUUGAUAAUUUAAAGCGAACUUCAUUCUUCAGGGUGCAAGACAAACUUCACGAUUUUGUUACAGUUAACAGACAAAAUUCUACGAUCGGGAUUAUUCUCCCAUUUUCCUAACGAAUACGAAAAAGACUUGAUUGAAUAAAAACAAUGAAUUGUUAUAAUUCAAUACGCAAUUACGACAAAAUUAGCCGACGUGUUAUUGUGAUUUAACUAUAAUGACAAAAUAAAUUGUGAAACAUUAUUUUCUCGAACGACAGCGCUGUUCAAAUAAAAGCAAAGAAGGGACACGAACAGGAAGUUGACAGAUAAAAGAGAAUUUUAAUUUAGGAAUAAAUUAUUUGAAACAACCGUUUUCAUUUCGUUCUGCAAUUUUGUUUUUUUUUCGACUUUUGGUAUUUGGUUGAAAGCAACAAUUAAUUAUUAUUUAAAAAAAAGAAAGAUUUUUGGUUCAAAAGAUAUUUUCAAAGAAUUAAUAAAAUGGAGAACGAAGAUGGGAAUCAAAUAACGUUGUAUACCAUAACUGGCAAUUCAUCGGCUUCCCAAGAAAACAUUAUAAUUGCAAACACUUCAAUGGCAAUGAACAAUUAUCCUGUUCACGAAGAAUACAAGCUCAAGAAUGCUCGAAUGGAAUUCAGUUCAGAUGUGGAUAUGGUUUGCAAUGGAGUUUUAGAAGACAUAAAAAUAAGAAAGAUGGACGAUUUGUAUGAAUGCGAGAAACGUGAUAAUUUUUUGAAAAGAAGUGAGCAAAUGGUGAAUGAAUUAAAAAAGCGUCAAAAGGCUUUUCAUGAAAAAUCCAAUAGAUUUCUUACCGAAAGUACUCGUCAGCUGAGGAUAUUGAAUAAGGAUUGUCAAAUAAUUGGGAACGAAGCUAAAGAGAUGGGAAAUGAGAUAAAUAUGUUAAUUAGAAAUUUAAAGAAAUAAAUGCAACAGUCAAACUGUACACAAUAAG